AUGUGCGGCUCGUGGUGCUCCAGUGCGAUCCCCGCCUGUGCCUGCCUUGGAAACUGCCGCGAUGAUGCCGCCGCUGCCGCCUGCACCGACACCUGUUCAGCCCGUCGCUCAGGCACCGUCUCUCCCAAAUCCCGCCCUGCUGGUUGUUCCGCCACGUGUGAUGCGGUGGUUGUUCCUCCUGCUCCCGCUCACGUGGAGUCCCUUCCUGAAGCCCCUGCUAAUGUUGCUGUUCUGGUUCCUCUCGUCGAACUUGGCGCGUCGCCAGUCACCGCUGCCCCUGUUGCGCCGGCUGCAGCCGAGGGCUCUGCCGCGCCGGUGGUGUCGCAACCGGCGGUGUCCGCCACCACUGCCGGCCAGUCCCUCGUGGUGGGACCUGUUGAAGCUCCCGUCCCUCCAGCUGCGGCGACAUCUGUGCCGCUCCCAAACGUCCAGGCGGUGCCUGAUCCUGCGCCGCUCACUGCUGUUCCCCCUGCUCAGCCCGUUCCUCCUCCUCAUGCUCCCUCUGCAUCUGCUGCUGCUCUUGGGAACCGUAUGCGCCUGCCGUGGGUUCCUCCUGUGGCGGGUAUGGAGUUCGUGACCGCGGCAGGGGGACCCGUGACGGGUCAGUAUCCAUCUCUGCUGCCCGUCGAUCCUGCUCUGCCGGCUGCUGCGCUACCUCAUCAGUCGCUGGCGGGCCCCUCUCCUUCCGCUGUGGUGCCGGAGGCGUCUCUGGGGCAGCUGUGGCGCCUCUCUGAGGGUCUGCGGGCUGUUCACCUGAUUCAGGUGUAUGGUCACGCGGCUCUCGCCCAGGGUGUUCCUCUGGACAGUGGCCAUCGGGACAAGUGCCUAGAUGCCGCUGAUCGGCUGGGCGAGCUCCUGGCGCCCGUGUUGGCUGCGCCCGCGCGGGGUGGAGUUGCGGGCGUUGGACAGCUUGGGACGGCAGUCCGUGGGCUGCGCCAGUUUUUGCGCGCAGGGACUGCAGUCGACUUGAUCGGCGCAACCACAGUGGUGGUGCGCGAGCUUCAUCGCUCUCUGACGGGUCUUCUCGCCGUCCUUGACGCGGAUCAGAUGUAG